AUGAGCGCAGAUGAGAGCAAGAUCUUGGCUGACAAGGCUGACAAGUUUGAGUUCCAGGCUGAGGUCAGCCGCAUGAUGAAGCUCAUCAUCCACUCGCUCUACAAGAACAAGGACAUCUUCCUUCGUGAGAUCAUCUCCAACGCAUCAGAUGCUCUGGACAAAAUCCGCCUCCUCUCCCUCACCGACAAGUCGGUCUUGGGCGAUCUGGAGGACCUUCACAUCAAGAUUCAUGUGGACAAGGAGAACAAGGUGCUGCACAUUACGGACACGGGUAUCGGUAUGACCCGCGAGGACCUCACCAAGAACCUCGGUACCAUCGCCAAGUCGGGCACCAGCGAGUUUCUGGCCAAGGUUGCCGAGGGCGGUGAUACGGGUAACCUCAUUGGCCAGUUUGGUGUCGGCUUUUACUCGGCCUUCCUCGUCGCCGAUACCGUUGUCGUCACCUCCAAGCACAACGACGACAAGCAGCACAUCUGGACCUCGGACGCUUCCUCCUUUAGCAUUGUUGAGGACCCCCGUGAAGACGAGCAACUUGGCCGUGGUACUCGCAUCUCCCUCUACCUCAAGGACGAGGCUGCCGAGUUCCUGGAGGAGAACACCGUUCGCGACCUGAUCAAGAAGUACUCUGAGUUUAUCAACUUUGACAUCUACCUGUACACCUCCAAGACCGUGGAGGUUGACCCCGCUGAGCUGGAGGCUGAGGCCGAGGAGGCCGAGGCUGAGCUUGAGGAUGACGAAGCCGACUCAGAGGAUGAUAUUGUCGAGGAAGAGGAUGAGGAGGUGGAUGAUGAAGAGAACGUCGCCGUCGAGACGACCAAGACUGUCUGGGACUGGGAGAUCAUCAACGCCAACAAGCCCAUCUGGACACGCAACAGCAAGGAUAUUGAGGAGGAAGAGUACAACAACUUUUACAAGGCUUUCUCCAAGGAUGGCAAGGACCCGCUGGGUCACAUUCACUUUACUGCCGAGGGUGAGGUUACCUUCCGCUCCAUCCUUUACAUCCCUUCGGCCGCUCCCCCGGGCUUCUACCAGGACUACGGCAAGGGCAAGGGCAGCAUCAAAAUGUACGUGCGCCGUGUCUUCAUUACCGACGAGUUUGAGGACAUGAUGCCCAAGUACCUGAACUUCCUGCGCGGUGUCGUUGACUCGGAUGACCUGCCGCUCAACGUGUCCCGUGAGACCCUGCAACAGCACAAGCUGCUCAAGGUCAUUCGCAAGAAGCUUGUGCGCAAGGCCCUGGAGAUGUUCAAGAAGCUGGAUGACGAGACGUAUGCCAAGUUUUGGGCUGAGUUUGGUACCUCCAUCAAGCUCGGUUUGAUUGAGGAUUACGCCAACCGCACUCGCCUCGCCAAGCUGCUGCGCUUUGAGAGCAGCCAUGACGCCGAGAAGCAGACGAGCCUGGAGGACUACAUUGAGCGCAUGAAGAAGGGCCAGGACAAGAUCUUCUUCAUUGCCGCCGGCUCUCGUCAGGAGGCCGAGACGUCGCCCUUUGUUGAGCGCCUGCUCAAGCGCGGCUAUGAGGUCCUCUACUUCACCCAGCCCAUUGACGAGUACGCCAUUCAGAACCUGCCCGACUUUGAGGAGAAGAAGUUCCAGAACGUUGCCAAGGAGGGUCUUGAGCUCGACGGUGACUCCGAGACCGCCAAGGCUCGUAAGGAGGAGCUUGACGAGCAGUUUGCACCCUUGACCAAGUUCUUGGGUGAGGCUCUGAAGGAGGACAUUGAGAAGGCCGUUGUUUCGGAUCGUCUCUCCGAGUCGCCCUGCGCCCUGGUGGCUAGUCAGUUUGGCAUGUCUGGUAACAUGGAACGCAUCAUGCGUGCCCAGGCUUACUCCAAGGGUGAUGAGGCCAGCAACUUUUACAUGUCUCAGAAGAAGACGCUCGAGAUCAACCCCCGUCAUCCGUUGAUCAAGAACCUGCUGGAGCGUGCUGCGCUUGAGGAAAACAAGGAGGAGGGUGAGACAGUUGAUAGCACACUCAUGAACACGGCCCAGGUGCUGCUGGAUACGGCGCGCCUGCGCUCUGGCUACAUGCUCCCUGAUUCGGUCGCAUUUGCUGAGCGCAUCGAGCGUAUGCUGCGCGCCAACACCGGCGUCGAUCUGGAUGCCAAGGUGGAGGAGGAGCCAGAGCUGCCCGUUGAGGAGGCGGAGAGCGACGAGGCUGAGGUCGAGGAGGACGAUGAGGAGGAGGUUGACAUUGAGGGCGAUGUCGAGGGCGAGACGCACGACGAGCUCUAA